AUGCAGACGUUUAUUACUUUUCUUAACAAACUCUUCCACCCAACAGACAAAAACCAAAAGAAACAAUCGAAAGCCAAAGAACGUCCCAAAGGUAUUCAAUCUAAUAUCCGAUUACUCAUAUCCCCAUCUUCACUAGAAGGUACUCCAAGCACUAAACAAUCAUCCGAAGACAUCAAUUUAUUCAUCGAACUCCUUGAGAAGCACAGGGACUUCUUUGAGGAAUUGGAAAGACAGUAUUACUUGGACUAUUGGACAAUUCAAUCCACCUUUGUCUUACUUGAAAAUAACCACCUCGACCAAAAAAGCGACAAAUUCUCUGUAAAUAAUUUGUGCUCAGCUCUUUUACUCGUCUGGGAUUAUUUCGAAGACGAUUAUAGUCUUCCCGAUCGAGUCUAUCGAUACUUUGGUAAAGUAUUGUAUCCGAGCCUAACUAAAGCAGCUCAAAAGAAGAACAUUUCGAAAGCAAAGACCGUCUUCUUUGUGUCGAAUUUGUCCUGCCAAAUAGUUGUACCCAAAAUCGAGAUAGAAUAUAUCAAGAAAGAGCUCAAUAUACACUUUGUUCUUGGUGAGAGGUCCGCAUAUGAGAUGAGUUGCCUCUCAAGUAACUUAUUGAGCUAA